AUGCUCAAAAAUACUUUCUUCAUAUUGGUGUUAACUUUUUUAUUUGUAGAUGCAAAUGGUUAUGUUAAAGUUGUUCCUAAAACUACUUUUUAAUACCAACUCCAAGGAACUAUUGAUAUCAGUGUAAAUGCUUAAGUUUACUUUAUCGAUUUAUUUGAAGGUAUAAAAUAAGGAGCAAUUUAGAAAUUAAAAAACCUUGGAAAAGUUGUCUUUUGUUACUACUCUGCUGGCUCAUAUGAAGAUUUUAGACCAGAUGCAAGUAAUUUUCCAAAAUCAAUAAUUGCUGGAUAAUAUAAUGGUUACCCAAAUGAGUGGUGGCUUGAUAUAAGAAACUUUUAAACAAGUGGGCUUGCUUAAAUAAUGUAAAGCAGAAUGGAUUUAGCUGCUCAAAACGGUUGUGAUGGAGUUGACCCUGACAAUGUGAAUGUCUAUUAAAACCCCAAUGAUUCAAAGUUGAAAAUAACUUACCAGUAGUAGCUUGACUAUAACCUGUUUCUUGCAAAUUAUGCUCAUUCUAAAAAUUUAGCUAUUGCAUUAAAAAAUGAUGGAGAUCAAAUAAAUGAUUUGAUUAAUUAUUUUGAUGUUGCUGUUAAUGAAUCAUGCAACGAAUUAAAUGAAUGCAGUUAUUUAGAUAAAUUUGUAUCUCAAAAUAAAGCAGCUUUUGGUAUUUCAUAUCGUGAUUUGUAUCCAAGCUAAACAAAAGACUGGUAAAAUAUAUGCAAAAGUUAAAUGGAUAAAUCUUAUACAUGGAUAUUAAAAUAUCAAUCAUUACAAUCAUAAAUAGAAUAAUGUGGUUAUGGAUUAACUAAUACUUUUAGCUCUAAUAAAAAAUAACUAUUAGACAAAAUAAUUUUGUUAUUUAUUUUAAUUAAUUUAUUUUUUUGA